AUGUCUUCUUCGUUCGAUAAAUCUCAGAAAAAGCUGAAACGAAAAAGAAAGUCCAAUUUUUGUAGUACGCCAGUAGUAACUGAGGGUAAUAGAUUGAGCAGUAUAAGUAUAUCCGCAGUUGACACAAACUCCUCGUCGAGUGCGAAGACAGUAAAUAAAGACAUAAUAAGAAGAACUAUAGAAACGAAAAAAAAGACGAGAAGAAAGAAACAAAGGAGAAAAACGAAACGGAAGUCUAAAAAGGACUCUGACAGUGAUUGGGAAACAAAGUGGGAACAGUCUGUUUAUGAUGAGACAUUACAUAGUUCUAACAAGAAAGCAGUUUCCGAUUCCGAUGAUGUUUUGUUUAUGGAUGUAAAGUCUCCGGAACAUGUUCGAGACGCUCCGCGCCUUCUUGACGAUCGGUUGGAAUCGCCGACUCUCCGAUUUAAUCAAUGGCAGAUAGAAAGUCCUAGAAAGAUCACCUUUGCGGAAAAUAAGGACACAUUACCCUUAAAGGAAUUGCCGUUUCUUAUUUCACCAGUGGAUGACUCUGAUGAAGAAGAACAACCAUUAUUUCUAAAGAGAGAUAAUGCAGUGAGGACGUACCUAAGAGUAAGGAACCCAAGGCAUUCCAAAAAACACGUAAGCAUUGAAAAAUGUAAACAAUGGUUGAUAGAUGUGAGGGUUCCUACGACGUCGAGUGAUCUACUCUGGGAUAAUUUCGUACAGAAUAAUUGUACAAACAUUAGCAAGUAUCUUGCUACCCCUCCAAAUUACGAAAAUAUAUCCUCGCAUCAAGGAAAGAGUGGGGAGACUGGAAAAGAUGAAGACAUCGAUCUUAAUGCAGUUACGAACGAAGGAGAGAAAAAUUGGAAAGAUUUUCAGUUACGCUUACACAAGGACAUGAAUGUCGUGCAUGGACACUGGGAUAAAUCCUUAGGAAAAUGGUCUCGAACAUACGACGAUUACUGUUUUCCUGCGCAGGAGGACGUGGAAUUUGGAGGGAACAGUGGAACGGCACAACGGAUGACGUUGAAUCAGUUUCUCCAUAAAUGUAAAGCUGAAAAAGGAAAGGUAAAAGAGAAUUCGAGUCCUUUAAGAAGCCCACGUAAUGUCGAAAAUGAUUCAAAUGGAACGAGAAACAAAAGAAGGCUUGAAUGUUUUGAAUUCAAGUCUAAACGUUCGAGGACUAUGGCGGCAGAUAUAUCAGAUUCGGAAUUGCAAAGAAUCAAUGAGCUUCGUAAGUUCGCAUCACGAUUGAAUGCGAAAGAAAAAAGUUUCCCUAAUGAAAUGUCGUUAGAUGAAACUACAACGACAUCUAGGUUGUCAAAGUUGAAGAGAGUAAAGAAACACGAAAACGUCACGAGAAGGCAAAGAAUAACCGCGAAAAAUAAACCUGCGAUUAGGACGGUAGAAGUGUUAUCUACCGUAAGAUACAAUAAAGAAACACAAGCAUGGGAGCAUAUUUAAAUAGCAUUUAAAUAAAAUAUCCUGAUAGUAUUAAUUUAUUUAUGAAAUUUACGUUUACAUUUAAUGCAAAGUAUUCAAUAUCGUUAAAUAUUGAAUAUUCUGUAGCGGCAAUUUUGUUAUAUAUUUUUGUAUACAAGUUUUUUUAUUGUAUAUUUUGGAAUGUAUUGCUAUGUAUCGAACGAAAUAUAAUCGUGUUUAUACCUAAAGACGUGGAACUUCUAAUUACGCUUGUAUAUUUUAAGUAAGGGAUCUUACCAUUAUU